CCCACAAGGCCAUGCGGCCUCUUCCUGUGAAGCUGUGGCCUCCCAGGGCUUAGGACGUGCGGUACCGUGAUGUGUGUGUACAGGAGCCGCGCUUAGGACGCACUGCGCUGACGCAGCUUGCGACUAUUUAGGACGUCAGACCAAAAGUAUUUAUCUGCAUAAUGUCGAGUAACAAACAAGACACAUCAGGAAACAACCUCUGGGAGAAAUUGAAACUCUCAUCUCAAGUAGUACUUGAAACUGCACAGAAGAAAGGGAGAUCGAAAUGCCCAAAGUGUAAUGGUUCCAGAAUGUUUUACUGCUAUACUUGUUACGUGCCAGUAGAGAGUGUGCCAACAGGUGACUUCCCAACCGUGAAGCUUCCUGUGAAAAUUGAUAUUAUUAAACAUCCGAAUGAAACCGAUGGCAAAAGUACCGCUGCCCAUGCAAAACUGCUGGCGCAUGAAGAUGUAACUAUCUACACAUACCCAUCUAUUCCAGACUACGACAAACAGAUUAAUGAAGUUGUACUAGUAUUUCCCUCUCCAAACGCAGUCUCGCUCAAGGAGGGGCUUGAGUAUCUCACUCAAUAUAAUCAGAACAAAGACUUUACUGAACCAAUUACUAAACGUCCGAGACUAGAUCCUGACACUAGUGACGGUGAAGAUAAAGACAUGAAGAGUGCUGGUGAAGAAAACAACCACUUGAAGAAAGUUGUGUUCAUAGAUAGCACAUGGAAUCAAACAAGCAAAAUCAUAUCUGAUGAACGGCUUCAAGGGUUGGUGAGUGUUGGAUUAACUGAAAGAAAAACAUGCUUUUGGCGACAUCAGAAAGGAUCACCUGACACUUACCUUUCAACAAUAGAAGCCAUUUAUUACUUUGUGGUAGACUUUCACAAACAGAUUCUAGAAAAGGACUACAACGGUGAAUAUGACAAUCUGCUCUUUUUCUUCUCUUUUAUGUACAAACUCAUAAGAGAUGCCAAGCAGGCUGCUGGAAAGUUGUAGUGCACUUAUUAUAGGCAAGUAUUUUAGGACUUGAAGGAUCAUAUCAUGACCAACUUAAAUAUAGAGGUAUUGAAUUUAUAUUUUAUCUCUGUUGGGAAUAAUGUAGAAAAUUCCAGUGGAAAAAGGACUGCCAAAUAAAUUCAGAUUUCUUUAUGAACAAUAAAACCAUAUAUUUUUUUAU